UCAACGCCAUAUUGGUUUCCAAGAUAAAAGGCUCCUGGGGGCACUUGUUUUUUUUUCUGUCAAAAAUGCCAAUUGAAAUGGAUCAAACGCAUUUCUUGACUGACAAGCUGAAAACAUUGGAAUGUCAAUCAAGGGGCAAAGAAGAAAGAAUCAUUGCAUUGGAGACUGAAAAUGCUAUGUUAUAUUUGAAACUUGCACAGCUCCAAGGAAUCUUGAGGGACAGCAGGGAAGAAACUGGGCACCUAAAGCGAGUUAAUGAAUCAGAUCAACUUCAGCGACAGAGGACUGGGGAAUCCUUAGCUACUCUUAGUGGCCAAGUUAAAGCACUACGAGAUGAAAUGAAGCAGUUGAGACUGGAUGCUGUCGCCCUCCCUCAUCAGUUUCAAGUGGAGUAUGAUAAUGCGAUGUCCCAGGCACGGUUGCAAACACAGAAAAUGAGACUCAAUUAUUCUAAUGUGUCAGAUAUGGAAAAAAAGAUGGUGGAUAUGGAAGCUGCACUGCAGGAGGCAAAUGCCCGACAUGCUAAAGAAAAGAAAAGAAGAAGAGAACUUCAUAAUACACUCAUGGAACUUCGGGGAAACAUUCGUGUACACUGUAGAAUCAGACCACUCAUGGAAUUUGAUGUAGGAAAUCAGGAUGUUAGCACAUUAGGAAGACCAGGGAGUUUGUCAGAAGUAGUUACUCAUGUUAUGGAUGAUGAAAAUGUUGUGGUUAAAACAUCAAAACACAGCAAAGUUUAUGAGUUUGAGAGGGUAUACUCUCCACAGGAGUCACAAGAAGCAGUGUUUGAAGAGGUUCAGCCAAUGCUGACUUCACUUUUAGAUGGGUAUAAUGUCUGUAUCAUGGCAUAUGGUCAAACUGGCUCUGGUAAAACUCACACCAUGCUGGGCAGUCAUAAGGAUGAGGACUAUCAUGUAACUACAGAGCCCCACCCUGAUGAAGGAAUCAUACCUAGAGCAACCAGGGAACUGCUGAGAUUGAUGGAAGAAAAACCUCCAGACACACACAGUGCUGAAGUAUCAGUGGUGGAGAUCUACAACAAUGACAUCCUUGACCUGCUCAGUAGUGAUCCCAGGGCUAAACAUGACCUAGUUACUAACACUGAUGGGUCCAUGUGUGUGCCAACUGUCACAUCUAGGCCUGUCAAGACAGUAUAUGAAGUGAUGAGCCUGGUACAGCAUGGACUGAAGGCAAGGAGGGAGAUUGCUACCUUGGUUCAUGAACACUCCAGCCGCUCACACCUGGUUGUCACUCUGACUGUCAGCAUUAAACCCAACAUGUUCCUAUUUCCACCUGCCACACCAGGGUCGCCCACUGAAGGAGUGUUUGCAGUGCCCCUUUCCCCAGCCCCCAGAGACAAACCCCCAAGGAGGCAACUUCCACCUCAACCCCAAGGUUAUACAGGAGCCAAGCAAACUAUCAGAUCCAGAUCACCUUCCCCUGUUCUUCUUGCUCAAACACCUACAGGCAGCACUGUCAAAACCAAGUUACAGUUGGUAGAUUUAGCUGGUAGUGAAUGUGUUGGAAUGUCUGGAGUGACAGGGCAAGCCUUGCGCGAGACAUCCCACAUCAACAAAAGCCUGUGUGCCCUGGCUGAUGUGCUGGGAGCUCUGGCAGAACACAGGGCACAUGUACCAUACAGAAACAGCAAAAUUACACACUUGUUGCAAGAUUCUAUAGGUGGAGAUGCCAAGCUGCUUGCCAUGCUGUGCGUUUCCCCAGCUCAACGUUAUGUGACAGAGUCCCUGCAGUGCCUUGGAUUUGGACAGAGAGCCAGACAGGUCCAAAGAGGGCCUAUAAAGAGAAAACUUCCUCCCUCACUGGAGAGAGUGGGACCUGGAGACAGCUCAUACAGUGGCAGGAAUUCCCCUAGGCCUAAAUCAGCUGGACCCCUUAGAACAUAACUGUAUUAUGGACAGUUGAUUUGAUCAUUUAAAACAAUAUUUGUUUUGCAGUGGAAAUUUAUAAUUUGAUCACACACACCUGGGUAGUGUUUCAAAUUGGAAACAAUCUUAUUUUAUACAGGAUAGACAUUAGUUAAUGUUGCAACCUGGGCAUGCGAUCAAAUCUCUUUAUUUUUAGAAACCCAUGACAUGAAUUGCGUUUCAUUUUAUUUUGUCUGGUUUACAAUUUUUAAAUUAAAAUAUUCAAAAUAGCGUAAGUGGCAGUGGAAAUAUUACAUGGGAACAAUAACAUGAGAUCUCGAUGACUGUCUCAGAAUAAAUGCAGUUCCAUUUUGUUUAGGCCAAGUUUUAAAGGCUAGAGGGUAAAAAUCUCAACCUGAAAAGGGCUACCUCAGAGUUUUUAUGAAUGAGAUGUUUGUUUGUAAAAUAAGUAUUUUCUGAAUGAUCU